GCCCUGCCAGCGCCACCAGCCUCCUGCUCCGCACCCGGCUGCAGCCCGCUCAUGGCCCCCGAGAUGGACCAGUUCUACAGGUCCACCAUGGCCAUCUACAAGAGCAUCCUGGAGCAGUUUAACCCUGCCCUGGAGAACCUGGUGUACCUGGGGAACAACUACCUCCGGGCCUUCCAUGCGCUGUCCAAGGCCGCCGAGGUGUACUUCAGCGCCAUCCGGAAGAUCGGGGAGCAGGCCCUGCAGAGCUCCACCUCGCAGAUUCUGGGUGAGAUCCUGGUGCAGAUGGCGGACACCCAGAGGCACCUGAACUCUGACCUGGAGAUGGUGGCACAGACAUUCCAUGGGGACCUGCUGCAGCACAUGGAGAAGAACACCAAGCUAGACAUGCAGUUCAUCAAAGACAGCCGCCAGCACUACGAGAUCGAGUACCGCCGCCGAGCCGCCAGCCUGGAGAGGCGCAUGUCCGAGCUGUGGCGCAUGGAGCGCAGGAGGGACAAGAACACGCGGGAGCUGAAGGAGAGCGUGAACCGGCUGCACACGCAGAUGCAGGCUUUCGUGUCCGAGAGCCAGCGGGCCGCUGAGCUGGAAGAGAAGCGGCGCUACCGGUUCCUGGCCGAGAAGCACCUGCUGCUCUCCAACACCUUCCUGCAGUUUUUCGGCCGGGCCCGGGGGAUGCUCCAGAACCACGUGCUGCUGUGGAAGGAGCAGUCGGAAGCCAGCCGCAGCCCGUCGCGCGCCCACUCCCCGGGCCUGCUGGGCCCCGUGCUGGGGCCGCCCUACCCCUCGGGCCGCCUGACGCCCACCCGCCUGGACAUGCCCCCGAGGCCUCUGGGAGAGUUCGGCUCCCCCCGCAGCCGGCACGGCUCCGGCUCCUACGGCCCCGAGCCCACCGAGGGGAGGUCCGCGUCCCAGCUGGAGCCAGACCGCCGGUCCCUGCCCCGGACGCCGUCUGCCUCCUCGCUCUACGGCAACAGCGCCCAGCGCUCGCGCUCCAACUCGUUCGGCGAGCGCGCGGGCAGCGGGGGCGCCAGGAGAGUCCGCGCCCUCGUCUCCCACUCUGAGGGCGCCAACCACACGCUGCUGCGCUUCUCGGCCGGAGACGUCGUGGAGGUGCUGGUGCCGGAGGCCCAGAACGGCUGGCUCUAUGGCAAGCUGGAGGGCUCGUCCACGGGCGGCUGGUUCCCCGAGGCCUAUGUGAAGCCUUUGGAGGAGAGCCCCCUGAACCCCCUGACCCCGGUGACCUCCAUGAACCCUAUGAAUGAGCUACCUUCCAGGGGUUACCCGCUCCGGGGCAGCCACAGCCUUGAUGACCUCCUGGACCGGCCGGGCAACUCCACAGCGUCCUUGGAGUACUGGGAUGGCCAGUCCCGCUCCCGAGCCCCGAGCCGGGUCCCAAGCCGUGCCCCCAGCCCCGCACCUACCCCCCUGCCCGGGAGCCGCCGAAGCAGCAUGAGCAGCCCGGGCGUGGCCAGCGAUGUCAGGAAACUUCCGUCCCUGGAGCAGCAACCCCCAGAGCUCUUCCCUCGGGGCACGAACCCGUUUGCCACCGUAAAGCUGCGUCCCACCGUCACCAAUGACCGCUCAGCGCCCCUCAUCCGCUAAGGCGCCUUCCUCCAUCAGGGGUCUGAGGUCGUCCCCCCACACACCUGCCCGGGGGCUGCCCAGAGCUGGCGGCAGCAGAAGCAGCAGCAGUGGAUGCGAGUGGCCGGGGCCCUGAUGCGGGGCUGGCUGCCUUUCCCCAAACCGCGCCCCCAGCCUGAGCAGCUCUGAGGGCACUGGCCUGGGGUCUGGGGCCUUCAAAAUAAAGCAGGCGGAACUGGGGCACAGAACCAUUUCUUCCCCUCCAGCGGCCCCAAGACUCUCCCUGGGGGGCCCACCUCAUGCCCCCCCACCUCCUUCCUCCUCUGCCCCAGUGGGGAGGAGC